GCUGGAGCGGCGCGGAGCCGGGCGGGAAACUCCCCUCAGGCGCGCGGCGCCCCCAGCCCGCCGCGGAGGCGUCGGUGCAGCCCCAGCGCCCGGCUCCCCGCGGGGGCUGCAGGCGGCUUCCUCCCCCGGCCGGGCGCCUAACGCGGUACCUCAGAGCCCGGCCUCGCUCGCCUCACCGGAGAGCUCUCCGCGCCGCAGCGCCCUUCGCCGGAGCACAGUCUCUUGCUAAUGAGGAAGUCUGGAGUGGGGUUUUGGACAGAAUGUUUUGACGGCUCUGGGACUGGCAGGCUGCUGGUGAGCAACUCCAGAGAUCACAGAGGAGUCUUCCCUGGGGUCAAAGUGUCUCACUGAGGAACAUCAAGAGCUGGGAAAGCCGCCCAUGAUGGAUCGCCUCCUUCUGGCUCUGCUUUUCCUGUUGCAAGGGGUCAACGGAAGCAGCCGCCACACAGAAGACUUCAGAUUUUGUGGCGAAAGAAAGCAAACGAAGAAAAGCCAUAUCACUUAUCAGAUGCGGCCAGAGAACAUCAUCAUCAUCGAGAACAGUGCUGAGGUGCUGAAGAUAAGUGCGCCAUUCGAACCAAACCUUGUAAGCUGCCCUUUACCGGACAAAUUGGGGAACUACCGCUUCUGCCUCUACUGGUACCAAAGCGAUGGGAUUUUCAACCUCACGUAUGGCAAAAGCAACCACACGCUGAGUACCAAGGCGCACCCUUCCUUCAACUCUUCAAACCCCAGCGCACCGCAGAACAAAAGUGGGGUUCCUGUGCUUUCCAACGUGUCCUAUGCCUAUGGCAGAGGCCUGCGGAACACCUCCCUCAGCAGCGCUGCUGUUUACUCCUUCUCCAUCCAUGACAUCAGCAAGGUGCAUGAGAUUAAAGAAGAAUUAAGGAAUUUAGAAAACUACAUGAAGAAUCCCAAUAAACCCACUGGAAGAAUGACCAGUGCCAACGCACCAUAUAAGAAACUUCUGCGCUUAGAAUCGAACCUGGGACAGGUGGUGUUUGAAGGGGAGAGCGAGACUUUUGGGACGAGUACAGUGCGUGCGACUGUUUUGAAGAUAGGACCCAGCAACGCCUUUCAGGAUCUUCCCUUCAUGUCUGAAUUGGAGGUGGGCAGAGAGGUCCAUGGGUUUGCGGUGAAUCUGCCGAGGAUCCUCUUUGCACAGGCGAAGGGCAGGCGGGGGAACGCUGAGAGGAGAGUGCUCCUGAUGGAUAUCAACAGCCAGGCCCUUUUCCAGGACCAGAACGGCAGCAGGGUGCUCGGUGAAAAGGUGAUUGGCAUCACCGUGGGGAACACCUCUGUAUCAGGCCUCCCACAGGACGUGGUCCUCAAAUUCUUUCAUGACCAGCUACCGAGGAACGUGACUCCACGGUGCGUGUUCUGGGAUGUGAACUCCAGCCAUGCCCACGGCAGCUGGAAAAGUGAUGGCUGUGAAACAGAGAUGGGUAAUAACCAGACAGUUUGCCAUUGCAACCACCUCACCUAUUUUGCUGUGCUGAUGAUGUCGUCUCCAGAGAUAGAUUACAUCCACAGGGAGUACCUGACGAUUAUCACCUACAUUGGCUGCAUUAUCUCAGCUGUGGCUUCCCUCUUCACCAUCAUCUUCUUCUGCUGCUCCAGGAGGAAGCACAGAGACGGCACCGUAAACAUCUACAUUCACAUGAACCUGCUGGGGGCCAUCUUCCUGCUGGACGUGAGCUUCCUCCUUACUGAGCACUUGGCCUCCAUCGGCAGCGAGGCAGCCUGCAAAGCCAGCGGCAUGUUCCUGCACCUCUCUCUGCUGGGCUGCCUGACCUGGAUGGGCAUUGAGGGCUACAAUCUGUACAGGCUGGUGGUGGAGGUCUUCAACACCUACGUGGAGCACUUCAUGCUCAAGCUGUGCCUGGUGGGCUGGGGGCUUCCCAUUUUUAUCGUGAGUGUGAUCUUCCUGGCGAAUCAGACAAAUUAUGGACUAUUCCACAUUGAAGUAUUUGAAUCCCUUGAGAAAUCCACCAAUGCAACCAUAUGCUGGAUCACAGUCCCCCUGAUCCAUAACAUUGUGAACCUGGGCUUCUUCAGCCUGGUGUUCCUCUUCAACGCGGCCAUGCUGGGAGCCAUGGUGCGGGAGAUCCUCAGGCAGAGAAACAGAGGCCACGAGCUUAAGCACGCCCUGGUGCUCCUGGGGCUGAGCCUCGUGCUGGGCAUCCCCUGGGCACUGGCGUUCUUCUCCUUUUCCUCCGGAUCGUUCAGGCUCGUCAUCAUCUACCUCUUCACCAUCAUCAACACUUUGCAAGGCUUCCUCAUCUUCCUCUGGUACUGGACAAUGGUGCUGCAGGUCAGAAAGUCAAAGUCAAAGUCCUACCCCUCACUGAACAACUCCGACAGCACCAGGUUGCAAGUCAGCACCAGCCGCACGAAUGCAGACUGAAUCACCCCCUUUCUCUGGUCACAGCUGGGACUGUCUCUGCCCCGUGAGUCAAGAACCAGGGAUCGUGCUCCCGGAGGGGAGGUGGGGGCAUCAUAUUUGUCUGAUGCUCCUGCCUUGCUACACGCAGCCAUGUAUAAUCGCAAGGAAUGUCGAGAAAUUCACACACACCCCCAGACACUCUGAAUUGGGAUCAAGUCGGGGGGAGGGAUAGCUGAGUGGUUUGAGCAUUGGCCUGCUAAACCCAGGGUUGUCAGUUUAAUCCUUGAGGGGGCCAUUUAGGGAACUGGGGAAAAAUCUGUCUGGGGAUUGGCCCUGAGUUGAGCAGGGGGUUGGACUAGAUACCUCCUGAGGUCCCUUCCAACCCUGAUAUUCUAUGAUCAGCUAAGAGCACAGCAGUAGCUUGGUUUCUCUCUGCACAUUCCCUCCUGGAUCUCUCCAGUCCAGCCCUGCCUGGUUCCCAGCUGCAUUAAACUCCAUUCUUGUAGCACAGGUACACAGCUGGGCUCCCAGGUAGAUCACCCCUUCAGUAUAAACGUCACUGGAAAAGACAGAGGGUGUUAUAAGCCAAGAGGGGCUGCAGCCUUCUCUGACAGGGGAUCAGGGACCUAGUCUGUUUCAUGCUCCUUUUAAAGCUCUUUCCACAGAUCACAGCUUAGAGGAAGGGCAGGGGAGAGCCUGGUAUCCACCUCUCCCAGGGCUCCAGUCACAUCAGGCAGCUGCCAAGUGAAACCACAAGUGCAGAGGAGAGAUUGGGCAACUGUAAACGUUUCAUUUUCUUCAGAAUGCAGCACAGGCCCAUGAGCGGCUGUGUCAGGUCCAGACUGGACCAGGCAAAGAGAUCCAGGCAAACACUAUGGAGUAGGCAGGUGUGGGUUAUGUGCACCUUAAAUAACAAGGCCUGGGGGGUGCUGUCACCCCUCCUGCCCAAGGUGUGUGGGGUGCCAUGGGGCUGUAGCAGACACCCUCAGGGUAGAGGUGCAACUCAGCGCUCUAUCUCCCAUUCAUCAGACCUGCAUGCUGCUCUGCCGGUGCUUCCCCGCCAGCUACCCAGCACUGGGCCUGGAAGAUCAAGCCAGCCAGGACAGAGUUGAUGCUAGAGAGUUGAGGGAUGCUCCAGAGGCCAUGGCAGAGCUGGAGAUUGCUGAUCCCAUUCCUGAAGGGGGGUUGUCCUCCUGUUGCCCUGUAAUUUGGUGAUGUCCUUGGGUUCUUCACAUGGGCCUAGAAUCCCAGCUUGCUUCAAUGAUUGUGAAAGCCUCUUUUUAUCAGCAGCUGGCCAGGAACUUUCACCCUUCUCUUGCACAUCUGGCUUGCACUUACCCAGACUUGGGUUACUUCUGGUUUGGUCUAAUCUAAUGUGAUCUUUUCGGGCCUAUACUUGUAGUCCACUCAGAAGCUACAGCCGGUGGAAGAUGUUUUGAUAGAUCAGUAAAUAUUAAACCAGUACUUACAUAGA